UUAUUCUCUACGCCCAUAAAAUAAAAUCCCCCAUUCUCCAAUCCCGUAACGCUUUCUCCGAGAGCAAAAAUGGCGAGCGGCGGCGGUGCUGGUGGUGGUGGAGGAAAAGUUUCAUUCAAAGUCACUCUUACUUCCGAUCCCAAAUUGCCCUUCAAAGUUUUUAGCGUUCCAGAAGCUGCUCCAUUCACAGCUGUCCUCAAAUUUGCUGCCGAGGAAUUCAAAGUUCCUCCACAAACUAGCGCCAUUAUCACUAAUGAUGGAGUGGGGAUUAAUCCACAGCAAAGUGCUGGUAAUGUCUUUCUUAAACAUGGCUCUGAACUGCGGUUGAUUCCUCGCGAUAGGGUCGGUGCUCCCGGGUUGUCAUUUUGAGCAUAUGCCCGAGUACAUCUCAUGGUGAAAUGUGCUGCAACUUUCGAUGUUGUAAUAUCAAGUUUAGUUGAAUGUGAAACAGAAUAAACCAUGCUUUUCGUCCAUGGACUAAUAAAUAUGUUCUGGAUUAAACUUUUGUUGAGAUUUCUAAAGUUAAUCUGCAAUGGGUACGUGAUUAAUAGUUAUACUGAUUA